AUGAUCCAAGUCCGCGCCAUCACAAGCGCCAUGGACUCGAUUCAUGGGUCCGAAAAGGAUGCGGCACUGGCGGUUGUGGGCGAUGUUGCCCAGGCGAUUGAUCCAGUUAUGGAGAAAAAGAUCCUUCGGAAGCUUGAUAUGUAUUUCAUGCCCGCGAUGCUCAUAGGUUAUGGCAUGGUUUACUAUGACAAGGCCAUUCUAGGUAGUGCCUCGAUUUUUGGCAUGACCACUGAUUUAGCCCUGGAAGUGUUCGACUAUUCGACCUCUCCACCGUCUGCCGACACUUCACGUUUAAGCUGGGCAACAUCAAUCUUCUAUUUCGGGAUGUUGGCUGGCCUGUACCCCAUGACUUUCAUUUUUCAAAGAUUUAAUACUCGCUACGUCUUCGGCCCUGUAGUCCUUCUCUGGGCCAUUGUUUGUGCAUCCACCGCCGGGGUGUCGUCGUGGCACGGAUUGUUCGCCCAGCGAUUUUUCCUUGGUUUCAUUGAAAGCGUCAUUCCAACAGGGUUUAUGACCAUCGUUAGUGGCUACUAUACACAAGAAGAGCAAGCUCUGCGCCAGGCAUGGUGGUUUUCCGGCACUGGUUGGUUUACUAUCAUCGGUGGAGCGCUCAAUUACGGAUUCGCCCAAAUAGAGUCAGAUUCUCUAGCUAGCUGGCAGUGUAUCUAUAUCUUUUCAGGGGCUUUGACAUUUAUUUUCGGUCUGUGGUGCUGCAUAAUGCCAAACUCCCCAGUCUCCGCUUGGUUUCUGUCUCCAGAAGAGCGAAUCGUGGCAGUUGAGCGACUGCGGAAAGGGCAGACUGGUGUACGAUGCCAAAAGAUCAAGCUCUAUCAAAUCAAAGAGUCUGUGGUGGAUGUUAAAAUUUAUUUGGUGGCCAUUAUGAUGACCGCGGCGUACACUAUCAAUGGUGCCAUUUCGGGUUUUGGUCCUUUGAUCGUGUCCACUUUUGGCUAUAACACCCUCGAUUCUAUUCUAUUCCAGUUCCCCGUGGGUGGCAUUUGUGUCAUCUUCAUCCCUUUAUGUGGAUACAUCUCCAGUCGUGUCCCCAAUGCACGCAUCCCAAUGCUCAUUGCUUGCUGCCUUCCUGUCAUUGCAGGUUCUGUCAUGAUCUGGAAAUCACACUGGGGAUACCAUUCAGCUACUCCAGUUGUAGGCUACGCACUGACCGGUUUUUUCGGUCCUGUGGUAAGCCUGAUCAUCACCGUUGGAGGCAGCAAUGUGGCAGGGGCCACGAAGAAAACUGUUAUGGCAGCUACAGUCUUCGUGGCGUAUUCUGUAGGGAACAUCAUUGGCCCACAGCUGGUGAAUAGCGGAACAAUAGCGCAGCACUACCCAGAGCUUUGGACGGGCAUGAUCAUUUGUUAUUGCAUCACCAUAGUCGCCGCUUUGUUGCUUUACCACGUACUUUGGAGAGAAAACAAGCUUCGAAGUGCACUAGACUUGGACGAAGUUCAACGAGACACGAUCGCUUUCGAUGAUCUCACGGACAAGGAAAAUCCAUUCUUUCGGUAUGCUUUAUGA